UAUAGUGUAUUUGGAUGCUGACUCUAUAUGCUCGAAGAUUUCACUUAAUUUUUUUAUAAGUUUCCAAUAAAUAUUACAAAUUAAUGAAUUACUCACUUUCACCACUCUUACCUUGAUCUUCCUGUAGCAUAUAUUUAUGACAUGUUUGACAACCAUCUUCCGUUGUUUCGUGAACAUUUUUUUGGAAGAGUCAGUGCAAAAUAUAAUUUUCAGCGAGAAUAAUAAAAAAAAAAUUUUUGUGUGCGUUUGAAAUAUAAUGGUAAAAAGUUUUCCCAAAAGAGAGCAGGAGGAUUUUAAGUUUUCUGAAGAAAGGGGCGGCGAAUUUUGUUUGGGGAACAUUGAUUUGUUGAAUUUAAGGCUUUUUCCUGCUGAGAAUUUUGAAGGUAAGAAAGAAAAAGUUUCUAAAACUCCCAAAAGUUCCUUUCCUAGAAGUACUGAACCUGGAUCAGGCGAUUCUAAUUUAACCAGGCAACGUCAUUCUUUAGAAAGGAAUGAGACCAAAUUGAUUCCUAACAUCAAGAAGUUGCCAAAGGGUUAUGGUAAUACCCAUAUCAAUACAUCAAGUGUUCCUUCCGACAAUUUAUUAUUGUUGUAUUCGAACAGAGAGCGCGGGCCCGAUUACGUUAGUACCGAGCCAAUAAGCCAAAGGGAUUUUCUGUUUCCGAGCAAAAAGAAAACCCACACGCAAGUAAUUGACGUUAUUUCCGAGGAGAGAAUGCCCAAAUCUAUCUCACGGAACAACAAAGUAGACAGUGGUUUCCCAUUUAAAUUGACGCCAAGUGGAAACCUCAAGGUUGAAUCAUCACAAGUUGUUUUUUCUACAAAUAAAUUAAGUGUACUAGUAGCUGAUCCGAAAACUACCAAAGUUAGCGUACAUCCAGAGACAAAUUUUAGUAAAAGAAUGGCGCACGAUACGGAUCUAUCGAAAACCUCUGCAAUGGACACCAUCAUGAGUCAGAAAAAUAAUGAACCAUUACAUUUAAAUCGUGAUUCUUCUUAUAGAAAUGCUGACUGUAAAGUGUACAUUGAUAACGAAGAAUUUAACUGUCACCUUAUUGUUCUUCAAUGUUACUCCGAAUUGUUUGAUGCAUAUAUUGCUGUGAAGAAAGUGGAAUUGCCAUCCGACAAGUGCAGUGCAGCAGCUUUUGCAUUUAUAUACGAAUGGAUGAUAACGGGGGAACCCUCUUAUAAAGAGUUAUCCAGAGACAAUGUUUUAGAUAUCUUCAAUAGUGCCAAAUAUUUGAAAAUUAAAGAUUUGGUGGAACAAUGUUGGGCAUUCAUAGAUCACACUGACGUGUUUUCUGAAGACACUGCAUUCUUACUUUACAUGGAUGCCAAAGAAAAAAAUCUGCCCGAAGUAAGAGAGCUCAUGCUUCCUAGAAUACAAGGCUUCUUCCUAAUGUUAGUCAGUUCUCAAAAUUGGCUCGAAUUAGAAUUAGAUGAUGUCAAGAAUUUCCUCAAGUCUAAUUAUAUUUGUGUUAAUUGUGAAAUGGAGGUGUUUAUGUCUGCUGUAAGGUGGCUAAAGCAUGAUUGGAACGCAAGAGAUCACUAUAAAUAUGAAAUACUAGAUUGUGUGCGAUUCGGCAAUAUUGCACCCUGGCAAUUGGUCGACAUAAAGAGGAAUCCGGAAAAUCCAGACUUUAUGGAGCUGGCUAAAGAUCCCAAAAUUUGUAAAAUGAUCGACGAUGGUUUAGCGUACGUCAUCAUUAAAUAUUGGUACGGACAAGAAAACGACGACUUCCAACACUGGAACGCCGUUCUAGGUCUUCAAGAACCGCCUCCGCGCAAUUGGAGCGGUUCAGACAAGACCUACUUCACAUACAGAGAAUUCCUCAUCUACCUCGACCAGUACAGAAGGAACCAAUUGAUCGAAAAGAACAAGCCAAAGAUAUCCAGCGACAAAGGUGACAGCAAGGAAGCAAGAAAAUCGACUACGGGUUCCGUAGAGAAAAAUUCCCCGAGGGUACCCACAAUGGAAGAGUUUUUGUCCAAGAAGAAACAACCAGUAGUCACUUUCCCAGCCCUAAUCGACGAAGAAAUAAAGCCAAUGAAAUCUUGUAGGCGAUGGCUUACUCGACCCCAGGCUGCUGUUAUCAUCCAAAGGGCCUAUAGAAGAUUUCAAAGGCAACAAUUACUUAAAAAUAUUCCCCUCGAUAAAUCAAAAAAAUCUAAGACGAGCGAAGUUUUCAAAAAGACCAAAAAGGGCGUAUUAAAUAUGUUUAACAUGGUGAAGAAUCAUUUUGAUGAUCAGAGACAAUCAACUGAUCUUGUUUGGACGCCAACUAGAAGAAACUUGUUAGACGAAGGAUCUCUAUUUCACGAAAUUAGAGAGACCGUGUUAGUUUUCGGUGGUCUAGACCCUCACAAUCCGUACGGAUUUGGUAAAAAUACAGGGAAAGAAAUCUUCCGUUACAUGCCUGUCGGAAAUUUUUGGCAAUUCGUAGCAGAAUUGCCUGAACCAAGACAUCAUCACUGCGCGGAGUUUUACAAAGGAAGAAUCUUCUUAGUUGGUGGAAGUGAUCCUCGCGGAAGCCAAAUCUUCCAAGAUGCAGGUGUUACUGCCACUGUGUGGAGUUUUGACCCGGUCGCUAGAAAAUGGUUUAAAGAAGAACCAAUGUUUGAAGUUAGAAAAAAUUUCGGAUUGGUUGGAUGUAAUCAAGGUCUAUAUGCCAUUGGAGGACAAGGAGGACAAUAUGAAGUUUUAAACAGUGUUGAGAAAUAUGAUAUCGAAAAAAAGAUCUGGAAUCAAAUGAAACCCAUGUUGACUGCGAGAACUGGUUUCGCCUGCGCUAAACUAAGGAAUCAUAUUUGGGUGGCCGGUGGUAUAACUGGCAGUGAUAGUACGAUCGAUAUAUUGGAAUCUGUCGAAACUUACGAUAUCAGAUCUAAUCAAUGGACAGAACUGAAGUACCCACUACGAUUUCCACGAUGUUUUUCCUCGAUGUUCGUUCUCUCAGAUAAACUUUACCUGAUUGGCGGCGCAGGGAAAUCUCCAGAUAAAUUCAAAAGGGGUAGUACGACUAGCAUAGGAGCCCUGGAUCUAUGGAACGAUAAAAAAUUCGAAUGGAACGAAAUAUCACAAUUGAAUAUUCCUAGACAUGGUCAUGCCGUGUCUUAUCUUGGAACUCAGAUACUGAUAGUUGGUGGAGUUACAACAGCGUACGGAAGAGCUUUGAGCAAUACGGAAUGUUUUUGCACACAGCGAGUGUCUCAAGGUUAUCAUCAAGGUCCCAACGACCUUCCAAUGCAAUCCUCAAAGGAACAAACAUUGCUAUGGCAGCAGAACUCUUACCUAGGAGAUUCUGGUAUCCAGUCUGGAGCUGCCACACAGGUUCCAUCCCUGACUGGCAAAGAGGAAGAAGAGAUGGAUCUGUUUGACCUGGAUCAACCCUAUCAAGGAUUCACCCAAGAACAAGUGGAUGAAAUGAAUAACCAGCUGAAUCAUACGAGAUCUCAGAGAGUCAGAGCUGCAAUGUUUCCAGAAACAUUGGAUGAAGGAAUAGAAAUCCCUUCAACCCAGUUUGAUCCAAACCAUCAAACUGCUGUCCAACGACUUGCUGAACCAAGUCAGAUGCUAAAACAUGCAGUUGUUAAUUUGAUUAACUACCAAGAUGAUGCUGAUUUAGCUACCAGAGCUAUCCCUGAGUUGAUAAAACUCUUAAAUGAUGAAGACCAAGUUGUUGUGUCCCAGGCUGCUAUGAUGGUUCACCAACUUUCAAAGAAAGAAGCCUCUAGACAUGCUAUCAUGAACAGCCCACAGAUGGUAGCAGCUUUAGUUAGAGCCAUCUCAAAUUCUAAUGAUUUAGAAACUACCAAAGGCGCUGUUGGUACCUUGCACAAAUUAUCACACCACAGGCAAGGUUUACUAGCUAUAUUCAAGAGUGGCGGAAUCCCAGCUCUUGUUAAAUUGUUAAGUUCUCCUGUAGAGAGUGUAUUGUUUUAUGCCAUUACUACUCUACAUAAUCUGUUGUUGCAUCAGGAUGGAUCAAAAAUGGCAGUGAGACUUGCUGGUGGUCUCCAAAAAAUGGUAGCACUGUUGCAAAGGAACAAUGUCAAAUUUUUGGCUAUCGUGACUGAUUGCUUGCAAAUUUUGGCUUAUGGUAAUCAAGAAAGUAAACUGAUCAUUUUGGCUUCACAAGGACCCAUCGAAUUGGUCAGAAUUAUGAGAUCUUACGACUAUGAGAAGUUGCUAUGGACCACUUCAAGAGUUUUGAAGGUUUUAUCAGUUUGUUCCAGUAAUAAACCAGCAAUUGUAGAAGCUGGUGGAAUGCAAGCUCUUGCUAUGCAUUUGGGCAACCCAAGCACCAGACUGGUGCAAAAUUGCCUUUGGACUCUAAGAAACUUAUCAGAUGCUGCUACUAAGGUUGAUGGUCUAGAAAGCUUGUUGCAGUCCUUGGUGCAGGUACUGGCUUCAUCUGAUGUCAAUGUUGUAACAUGUGCAGCUGGUAUUCUUUCUAACUUGACCUGCAAUAACCAACGUAACAAAGUGACAGUUUGUCAAGUAGGAGGGGUCGACGCUUUGGUACGCACUAUAGUCACAGCUGGAGAUCGUGAAGAGAUCACAGAACCGGCUGUAUGUGCUUUACGUCAUUUAACAUCCAGACAUGUUGAAUCUGAAAUGGCACAGAAUGCCGUCAGGCUCAACUAUGGGAUACAAGUAAUUGUAAAAUUAUUGAAUCCACCUUCACGUUGGCCAUUAGUGAAAGCAGUGAUUGGACUUAUAAGGAAUUUGGCUUUAUGCCCAGCUAAUCAUGCUCCUCUAAGAGAGCAUGGUGCAAUUCACCACUUGGUUCAGUUACUAAUGAGAGCUUUCCAAGACACACAAAGGCAAAGGGCCAGCGUUGCGAGUGGCGGCAGCCAACCUCCAGGAACCUAUGCGGACGGAGUGCGCAUGGAGGAAAUAGUAGAGGGCACCGUCGGUGCUUUACACAUUUUGGCUCGAGAAUCUCACAAUCGAGCCAUUAUUCGGCAACAAAUGGUUGUACCGAUCUUCGUGCAACUGCUUUUCAAUGAUAUUGAAAAUAUACAGCGUGUUGCAGCUGGAGUCCUAUGUGAGCUCGCUGCCGACAAGGAAGGGGCGGAAAUGAUAGAGAAUGAGGGAGCGACUGCUCCAUUGACAGAGUUACUGCAUUCGAGAAAUGAAGGGGUCGCUACAUAUGCAGCGGCCGUUUUGUUUAGAAUGAGUGAAGAUAAACCUCAAGAUUAUAAAAAACGAUUGUCAAUGGAGUUAACCAACUCAUUGUUCAGAGAGGAGAACCUUUGGAAUCCCGACCUGGGCAUGGGGCCUGACUUACAGGAUAUUUUAAGUCCAGAUCAGGCUUAUGACAACAUGUAUGCCCAAGGUCCACCAAGCGUCCAUAGUAGCCAUGGUGGCAGACCUUAUCAACAACAAGGGUAUGACCAGAUACCCAUAGACAUGCAGGGUUUAGAGAUCGGCUCUCACGGAGGCGGAAAUGGUUCGACCUAUAGCGCAAUCGACGCCAUGGACGUUACCAGCGGAGACCAAGAUCUCAAUUUUGAUACCAUUGAUCAACUCCCCACCCCUCCCCAAGAUAAUAACCACGCCGCUGCUUGGUACGAUACCGACUUGUAAAACGAUGUUAGUUUUCUAAUGACAGACUGUACCACCAAAAUCGGUCGUUUAAGGUAGUAACUAAAGAAAUCUGUCAAAGUUGUCAGUAUGUGCCAUGGAGUUAGCUACCAGAAUGACAACUGUGGCAGAUUAUGACAAUUGACUUAAUUCACAUAUGAAGUUGAAUAGUUAUUUUAUUGUUUUAGUUAUUUUAUUAUUAAGUUUUUCAAAUAUAUCCCUUCAUACAAAUUGAUUGUUUAAAGAAAUCUAUAUUAUUUGACUUUAGUUACUAUUUUAAGGAUAAUUAAUUGUUCAUGUGCUAAAAUAUCAAAAUAAUUAUAUUUUUAAUGAUAAUUUAUUUUGUAAUCGCAUUUCUUUUUUAUAUUAAUUUGUUUCUAUAUUUGUUCUUAAUAGUGUGUAUUUUUGUUGCUUCCUGUUCAGUGGUGCUAAACAAUUACUAAGAAGCUUCAUUUUAAAGGUAAGAGCUAGUCUGUCAAAUGUCAAAUAAGUAUUAAAACGAAUAUAAUUUUAAAUAUGGCAGCUUGUAUUUUUAAGCUAUUUUUUUUAUUUUUACAUACAUUUUUUUUUUUUUAUUUUCUACGAUUGUUUAUUUAUUAUUUCCAUUAGAAUUAUUUGAGAGAAUGUUGAUAUCACUAAAAAAAAUUGGUAAGGCUGGUAAUGUUAUUUAUUUCGGGAAUUUGACUGAGUUGACGGCUGGGUCUUAUUAAAAUUGAACUUCGUGUUGGUGUAAAAAUUUAAUAUCAAAUACUUUCAACGAACAAGCGGUAUUUUACCUUGUGGCAAUUUAUAGUGUUUUAUUAGUAUAUUUAUGUACUUUAUGUAUUAAUUGUUCGAUUUGAUUUAUUUUUAUUGGGUAUAAUGGUUUAAAGAAUCCUGAAGUGUAGAAAAAGGAACUAAACAUUGACUGAUAUUUUAUAAAUUUCAGGUUUCUUUUUACUGACAUUAAGCAAUAUUUUUUAUUAAUUUUUCAUCUAUUUUUAUUUAUCCCAAUGUUGUCGAUUCUAAUGUUAAAUUAAUUGCAUUUAUUUUAUUGAUUUUUUUGAUUUAUCUAUUUCACAUUUCUUGGUAGUUACUUAAAUAUUAAGUAAGAAAACAGUAUUUAUAGAAUAAAAAUAUGUAUCAAUAGUGAUAGUUUUUCUUUUUUAUUAGCGUUAAGGUUCGUUUAACGUUUUUUUCAUGAUGAAAUUUUGUCUCCUACUCUUUUGUCUUUCGCACAAUAACCAUAACAUUUGUUUUCAUAUUAUAUGGAUUUUAAUUCUGGACGUUUUUUCGUAUACAGGGUAGAAAGUUAAUUAUGAAGUAAGGCACUGCCUUCAGUGAAUACUACAUGUAUUUAUUGGCAUUCAUUAAAUAUCUGAUUGUA